UUUGACGAGCCGCUUUCUUCUUUGAGGACGCCCUGUCAGAAGCAGGCGUGCUCAUUCCCGUGCCGCUUGGCUUUUGCCCGACUGCACAGUCCUCUGAGCUGAAUGAGCCCCUUUGCUGUCCCGUCGCAAGCACCCCCACACCACACUCCGCUUUCACACUUCGACAUUGCAUGUUGUGUAUCGUUUUUUUAUUUUUUUUAUUUUUUUCGAAUGGAACUAAAUAGGGUAUAUAUCUAAUUUAUAGAUUUAAAAAAAAACAAAUCUCCCACACCCUUCAAAAAUGCUGUCUGCUCUGUCGCGAUGCACGUUCCUAUUGGAUCCGAUCAAAUGGAAUCUGUUUCGUACCACUUCCAGAUCCAGAGUGAGGAUGGCCACCAUGAUGCGACGCUGCCCGUUCCUGGCGAGGGUGCCGCAGGCAUUCUUACAGCGCGCUGGCAUGUCCCUGCUGACCUACGCAGAGCGCUGCCCUGUCAUGAUGGAGGGUCUGGGUCCUGUGCGCACGCUCUCCACCUCUGCCAGCGUGCCCAGCGCUCAAGGCAAGCAUCCCGGCAACGAAGAGCUGGCGGCGUCGUCCAAGUGCCCUUUCUUGGCGGGCGAGGUGAGCCGUGGCCCGGACGGUGUGGUGAAGCACGCCAGCUAUGUUGUGCAGGAAGACGUUGCUGAGAUGCAGGCUGUGCGCAAGGAAGUCGCUGAAGGCAAGACCCCCGUGAACCCCACCGUGAUCAACAUCCGCCGUGAAGACUUCCAGGCAGAGGGUCCUGGUUUGGUGCAGGCCGUUCGUAGUGCCGGCCUGAGCCCCGGCAACAAUACGCCAAUGACCCACGGCAUCUCUGACAACAUGCCCAAGGGCCUCUCGGUGUUCGACUACGACAAGUUCUUCACGGGCAAGAUCGAGGUGAAGCUGCGCGACCACACCUACCGCAUGUUCAAGACGGUGAACCGGCGUGCCGACAGCUUCCCCUACGCGCACGACUUCACCGAUUCGCUGAGCGAGGCCAAGGAGGUGUCUGUGUGGUGCAGCAACGACUACCUGGGCAUGAGCCGCCACCCCCGCGUUGUGGGCGGCAUCAUGGAAACACUGAAGAUGCAUGGCGCCGGCGCUGGCGGCACCCGUAACAUCUCGGGCACGAGCCGCUUCCAUGUGGAGUUGGAGAAGGAGCUGGCAAGCCUGCAUGGCAAGGACGCUGCGCUCCUCUUCACCUCGUGCUUUGUUGCCAACGACUCCACCCUCUUCACCCUCGCCAAGAUGCUGCCUGGCUGCGAGAUCUACUCGGACGCAGGGAACCACGCGUCCAUGAUCAUGGGCAUCCGCAACAGCCACGUGCCCAAGUUUGUCUUCCGCCACAACGACCCGGCGCACCUCGAGGAGGUGCUGAAGCGCUCUGACCCCUCCACGCCUAAGAUCGUCGCCUUCGAGACCGUGCACUCCAUGGACGGCGCUGUGUGCCCCCUGGAGGAGAUGUGUGACAUUGCUCACAAAUACGGCGCCAUCACCUUCGUGGACGAGGUGCACGCCGUGGGGCUGUACGGCACCAAUGGCGGCGGCAUCGGCGACCGCGACAACGUCAUGCACAAGAUGGACAUCAUCACUGGCACCCUGGGCAAGGCCUUCGGCUGCGUGGGCGGCUACGUGGCGAGCACGGCGUCGCUCAUCGACACCGUGCGCUCCUACGCCGCCGGCUUCAUCUUCACCACGGCGCUGCCCCCGAUGGUGCUGGCCGGCGCGUUGGAGAGCGUGCGCGUGCUGCGCAGUGCCGAGGGGCAGGCGCUGCGCCGUUCACACCAGCGCAACGUCAAGUACAUGCGCCAGCUGCUCAUGGAUGCCGGGCUGCCCGUGAUUCACUGCCCCAGCCACAUCAUUCCUGUGCUGGUCGCCAACGCUGCUAAGAACACAGAGAUCAGCAACGAGCUGAUGGCCCAACACAACAUCUACGUGCAGGCCAUCAACUACCCGACGGUGCCUCGUGGCGAGGAGAUGCUUCGCAUCGCGGUCACGCCCCACCACACGCCGCGCAUGAUGCAGUUCUUCGUUGACAAGCUGGCCACCGCGUGGAAAAGCGUCGGCCUGGACCUGCGUCCUCACGCCUCGGCCGAGUGCAGCUACUGCAAGAUGCCCAUCCACUUCGAGCUGAUGAGCGCCCGCGACAAGGUCUACUUCAACGGCAUGAGCCGCGCUCCCAGCUCUGUGGGCCUCGCCGCCUAGAGGAGGCGGCUGCCGGCCCGACCACCCCCCGGCAGCCCAACGCUCCCCUGGCUUCCCCCACAUAGGGCGAGCCUGGAGUGGCGGUGAAUGGGCGUAGGGGGCGCUCCAGUUUGAAUCGAGGCACAAGCGGUCACAGGAGAGAAAUAUUUAGGUCCGAGAAUAAUAAUAAUAAUAUGGGCAAAAGGUGAUUUCGAAUUGACAGAAGACACAAUUGUGACUUCAGGGUCACAGCUCCCAUUAUGCCUUGUUUGUUACAUGACGCUAUCUUAUUCUGUGUGUAUAACGCACACGCCCUUGUUUUAAACCACCAACUCAUAAAUCACCUUUUGCGUGUAACACUUGUUUUCAGCCUACUUACUUGUGUUGUUUCCCAUCAGGGAAAGAAAAAAAAUUGUCAGGAUUGGUUUAUCUGUACAUCUGUUUCCAUCCAGUUUUUUUAUUUUUUUAUUAUCGCACUGUCCGGGUUCAAUUUGUGUGCACGUCGAGAAGUGAGCUUGGCAAGUGUGUGCGCUCGCUUUGUUGUUUGAGAUCAGAUACGCACAUUUUGACCCGAAAAAUUGUGCCAUUCACGAUUGAAAUCGCCAUUGGAGAUUGCUUCGCAUUGCUUUUUGUGAUCAGCAUCGGGAACUUAAGUCAAUCCAUUAUAUUUUCUAGAGGUGGAUCAUUCGGGAUGGCUGCAGAUCACAAAUACAGUCGGGAUUGCAUGCAAAAAGGAAAUAUCUGUAUCGAAAAGGGGCUUUCUCUGAUUCGACUUUUUUUUGUGAAAUCAUAAUGUGGAUGGAAACAGCCAUUUAAUAGUGCAACUAUUUUAAUAAAAAUCCAGUAAAGUUCAGAAGUCACUGUAUUAUGUGAUUAUCACAUAAAAUAUACUGUACGUGUAGUGUCAAGUCUGCAGGUUAUCUUAUACACGUAACUUUAUAUCCACCCUGCUUGGAAACUGACUUAAGUUACUAUGUGAUGCCCAUAUAAACCUUACGUGGCCCUGCUGGUAACAUCAACUAAAACAAAUAUUACAGUGGAAUUGUUACAUUAUGUUACAAUUACAUCAGUAAGCUUAACAGUGCUCCCUUUUUGCACAGCGUGGGGUUUUGACUCUGCAUCGAUGGGAUGCAUAUUUUUAUUUUUAAUAGUGCACUUUGUAAAUGAUCUUCAAAAAUCGCUUGUGCCUCGAUGUCAUUGUUAGUCAAGGAGUGCUUUAGGUUAACUGUGGGGUGGAACUCGUAUAGAUGGGGAAAAGAGAAAAAAAAGAGAAAAAAAUUGUAAAAUGAAAACAUAAAUAAGACGGACCUGCAGUGAAAGGGGCAUGUCGUCCCUGAGAGCAGUGAAGACCAGGCGGUGGUGCACACACGUACAGACGUGUCAUGUAAUGCUGGUAAGGCAUUAUGGGAAUCUCUCAUGAUGCAUUGCAGCUGAAACACACCCUCACCCAAUUAUUGUCUAUGGUGCAUCCUUGAAAUAUCGUGGGUGGACUCCUAAAAAUGUGGAAGAAAAUGAAAAGAUUUUGUCUCGCUUUCCCAAAACUCCAAAAAUUGGAAUAGCACACAGCAAUGCUGCCUCGUCAGCUGCAUCUCCACACCACGCAUAAACCUUACAUGCCAAGCCGGUCACAGCGUAGCACUGUACUUUACAGUAACUACUUUAGCGCAUACCAUUGUACAUUGGAGAAUUGUCUUGUGGUUUUUUUAUUUUUUUAGAUUGUAUAAUCCAAAAACGCAAUAUAAAUAACAUUGCAUGCUGUAAUUGGAGACAAAUUUGGUCUUUAUGGAAAUUAGAGGGGUUUUUUUUAUUAAGAAAGCAGAUAUACCGGGACACUCCACCUCAGAAUUGGCCCAAUAUUUCGAGGACAACACACCGUUAUUAUUCGAUGAGAGGUGCACCGCCUCGUGGGCCAGACGCACCACUUCACUGCAGCCGUUUUUCAAUCAAGCGAGCUCGGGUUUAUGCCACCUCGCGGCCAUGCGAGGGCAGCAGAAGGGUCGGAGCGGGGAGGCACGAAAGUUUUAUGGUUGCCAGUCCCAUUUCGUGAGUUUAAAAAAAAAACGCUCACCGCCACGGGUGCGAGAGGUCCGUAUCAAAGUUGUGUGCGGUUAUGCGGGCACAUGCCACCAGCCGGUGUUUAUCGUAGCAGCCGAUAAAAUGCCGAUGGACUGAUGUGCUGCCCGUUGUUAGAUUGUGAGCCAAGGCCAGACGUUCACUUGUUGGUACCACCUGAGUUGGCAUCACAGCCAUGGUUAGAAUUUAUUUAUGUGGCCAAUAACAUUGAAUUAUGUAAUAACCAUUUGAUAUGAGUGGUGUUAUCAAAUAAUUCACCCUCAAUUGCCAUAUAAAUAUUUUGGUACCUUCGAUGUUAACUCUGAAUACAUCUGAAAAGAUCAGGCUCUUUAAGAUGAAAAACGUAUAUGACAUCUACUCUGCCUCUGACUUCUCGAUGCUGUGGUGGUCCUUGAGGCCUGAAGUGCAAUUUUUAAUCAAAGGUAAAAUUGUACUUUGCCAACUCAUUUGUGCAGUUGUCAUUACUUUGGUUUGUAAUGAAAUGAGGUGCUUUUACAGUUGUACGUGUGCAGCCUUAAGACCGUACUUGUAGCGGAAAUUGUUAGGCAAUAAACACAUACAGACUGCAUUGUGCUGUGAAUAAUCAGGGUACCUGAUAAUGUCUCGGUAAAAGGGCCUUCAUGCCACUCAGACCUUACUUUUUUAAUACCCAAGCCACUACAAACAUGGGAAUACUUUUUCACAGCACAUUUUUAAAUUGGCUAAUAUCUAGCAGAAAUAUUUUAAUUGGCAUUGUGUUCUCCCCUUUGUUGUUUUAUAAAAACCUAUGACCAGACAAAUGGAAUACAUUUUUUCUUAAAAUUUUAUACGUUUUUGUUGACGUUAAUAGUUUGACCGGUCGCUGUUGACCAACAGGCAUUGAAAAAUACGACCGUCGCUGAGAACGCUACUUUAUUUUUUACUUAAACCCGUUUGCAACCUUCACAUAACAUUUCUAUCCUCACCCUCCCUCAUGUAACAGUGUCUGCCUUGUGCUGCGUGUUCUCCGGUACAUAACUGAACACAUCGGCGAGCCAUACGCAGCACCACUGCAAAAACCUAUGAAGUUGUACAACAUGUAGAUUAACCACUAAAAUACCCACCAAAACAAGCUUGGUCUAUAUUCACUCUUGUCCCUAUCCAGAACUACUUUUUAAGAACACUUUGGAUACCAGCCCAGUAGGGCAAAAACAUUACCCAUUGAGCCGAGGGGGGGGGGGGGAAACUUGAGGUUAGGGUACUCUUCAGGUCACUCCCAAAAAGGAGAUGCCAUACCAGACAUUAUACAAAACAAUACACAGCUCGAAUUACAUACCAGUUUUCCAUUUGUUGCCAGAUAAUUAUUGCGUUAAUGCAGGGGUGGGCAAUCUUUAAGGCCUGCAGGCUGGAUAGGCCUCGUGCGGCCCACAGCCACACGAGGCCUUCCAAUAUAUGGGCCGCGCUAAUUGAGUACUAGAGGGCGGAAAAUUUUAAAUCUGGCAACACGAUUUCUAAUUUUAUCAUGCUCAAUUACAUGUUGCCUUGAAAGUAUAUCUGAGCACACAUGCAAUGCAUCCCGACCUAACGUGAUCGCUUUUUUAGUGAUGGUGCGAUCCAAUGAAGGUAUUUGAAAGUCCUAUUCGGCGCGUGAUGACGAGAUUUUUCCCACCCGUGUUAGCCACGCGGCUCGUUGUUGGUGUUUAUAUUGGGUCCCCUGCACCCACAUGCAGCGAUACCAGGAGACCGGCGGCUCUGCAAACUGACCAAGAGUCGCAGGAUCUCCCAUCGAGCUUUCUGAACUUUGCACGUUCAGAUAAUUUGUGUGACCAAAUAGAUUUUAUACUCUGGAUUGAUAGGUGCUUCCUGUUAUAUACAAUUACAUAUAUAAAACUAAAUGAUUACAGGUAUGUCUUAAACCACACUUUGUACUUUAUGGCUGGGCAAUCAAUAAUGGUUUUGUUGUACGAUGCUCGUAUGGAUCAAUGCUUGUCCAACUGCGCUUACAUGCACAAUGUUAAACAACAGUAAAAUUGUGUCUCUGGACAUUGCUGCAAUUGAGCCGAGUUCCCAUCUAUCUGGCUCCCAAUCUGCACGGCAGUAACCAUUUUGUGGUAGUGGUGCCAUGAGACUUGGGUGUCAUACAACACAGCACUUUGUGAUAACUGCCCUGCUCUAAUUGUACAGUGUUGUUAGAUAAGCCAAGCCAGUUUAAGCUACUGCGUUGGCUGAUUUUUGGAGUGAUGUGUGUUCUGUUGGCGCUUAAGUUUUAAAUACACAUUCAAAUUGGCCUGAAAAGAAGGAUGACUUCACUCAAUAUGAACUUGCCUAUGGAGUCCCAUAGCCAAACGGAGCAUAUGAUCACACCUGCAAGCAUAUGGUCAGACCUGUGAGCACGUGGUCACACCUGUGAACACGUGGUCACGUGUGUGAACAUAAACAAAACCACAAUCGGACAACGCACAUGCAUGGCUCAUAUCGCUCCGAUUACAAAUUUAUUCAUUGCAUUACCAUUUCCGCGUACAUUAUGAAGAACUGCGUGCGCAACGAACGAUCAACUUCAGAAUUUUAUACCAACGCUGCAUCACAAGCACUUUGUCCUGCCGAUGACGCCAGCUUUUACAUGAUACCCCUGUGGCAUUAAUCCGCUGUUCGUUGGUUCAUCCAUCGCCCGGUCUUUUUGUUGUUGCCGUUGUUGAGGAAUGCCCCACACAAGUCUGUCUGCCGAUGCAUUGCACGUGCAUCACUGGGCAUUCUGAAGAUGUCAUCACGCCUGAACGCCGCCCCCGGUUUUGAGGGUGCAUCUUAUUAACUUAGAGCAUUGCCAACUUGUACGGACAUCCCAAUGUGGCCCCCCACGCGUCCUGUUGUCUUUUGCCAGUGUAACAGUUGUUUAAUGAAAACGACGAUAAUGAUGAUUUUGUGGCAGUAAUAUUUUGGUAUUAUCUGUAGCAUUAUAGCAUGUUACAACAAUUGCUGUCUUAAGAAAUAUACCAAAUCUAUUUACUAGAGGUGUAACGAUUGCACUUUCUCAUCAAUGUUGUAUCGUAAGCUCACGAUAUAUGCGUUCAAUUGUCUCUGUAAUCGACGUUUUUAUAUAUGCUGUAUUAAUGGAAUUCGUGUGACUCCUGCAACCACUAGUGGCCGCUACAUGAACCACGACGUUGAAAACAAUGUUUAAGAAAUUCAUUCUCAAGUCGUAUCACGGAAUUGCAUCAAAAUCGCCGUUGCUGGUGAAUCGUUACACUUCUGCCAAUUACGACGGUGAAUGUGAACAUUAUGCCGGAAUCAUUACAGCUGUCGCUGGCGAGACGGCCGAUCGUCAACGGUCGAGUUGUGACGUGUGUACCGAUGGAGGUGGUGUCGGAGCAGUGGCUGCCCCCCACUCGGCCACCAGGGAUCUCAAUAAACCCGACGCCCUGCAGCAGA